AUGGAGGGCUUCGAUACCAUGGCCAUGCCGUACUUGGCCAGCCCGCUAUCGCUCAGCAAUAUUCAGGGCGCCGACUACCUCAACUCUAUGCCUGGCAUGGAUCUUCCUGAUCAGCGCUCCAACUUUGAGUCGGAGACAUUUGUUAGUGGAGAUGAUAUAGCCUUCCCCCAGACUGGUCUAUCCGCACCGCUAAAACGAUUCCAUUCGGGAUAUGAUGACCCUUUCUCUGACAUGGUGGCGCCUUUUGAUCCCGCGCCUGCAGAACAACAACACUCAGACUCGUCCAUCGACCAUAAUAAUAAACUACUGAGCUUUUCGAUGCCGGUAUAUAAUUUUACCCUGCUUGAUUACUCGCUACGGCGGACUUCACUGUCACUCUCAGCUCAGUUGCAUGGAAUGUUUUUCCUUGCGGAGUCGCCUUGGACAACAUCCCCCGCGGAGAAUGCUCCGCCCCAGCAAGGUGCGGAGCUAACGUGUUACCGUCGUAACUUGUUUCAGAUCACGGGCUCAGUUACCCUCCCGCGGAGCUUGCGCUAUAUUAUGACAGAACAAGGCGACCGUAUACCGAUUCUUGCACAGGAGCUCACUGUUUCGGCAACUGAGUCUGUGGAAGGCAAUUCUGUCAAAAUCAUCUCUGUGCCCUGGAAAACCCCUGCUGCGAACGCGAAUCCUUCAACCGAAGACAGCGGCCACCCUACCGCGACGAACAACCCAAAUAAUCCCAAGGUUGAAAAAGAACCACCCGCGAUUCCCUUAGAUAUCAUGGCCGGUCAGGAUCUAGAUACAGACUAUGCCACCUUCCCGAUAGCAUGGAAGCGACUCCAGUUUCGUGUGGCAACUGCCAACAAUGGGCGCCGAAAGGAGCUCCAACAACACUUUGUUGUUCGGCUAAAGGUCGUCGCAACUUUGUCUACCGGCACUAAAAUCCCCAUCUGUGAGGUACACUCGGGACCCGUAAUUGUCCGGGGCCGCAGUCCACGCAACUUUCAAUCUCGCAAGGACUUGCCCCUGAGCGGUAGUGCUGCGGCGUCGAGAAAGAAUGCGCAAGCUUCCCACUCAGCCAGUAUCAACCGUACGCCCACCAGUGAAACUGCUCCACGCUCUGGUCAGCCUCCAUCAAAGUUUAAGACUACAGGGAAGAGCAGCUCCCCGGAGACCUCGGCUUCUCAGACCGGCGUCACUGCUCAACGGGCUUCCCCUGACUGGACACAGAUCCCCCAGUCUACAGGAGGUGCACUUCCAUCUGCAGCUCUACCUCGCUCGUCUAUAUAUUCACAGUCCAGUCCAGAAUACUCGCGGACAGCAGAAACUCAGCAACGACGUGCUAGUGCUAUAGCAGCCCCGAUAAAUUUGUCACUUCUUGAUGAUGACGGUGGUGGCGAUCCUUCCCGUUUGAAUGACUCUGCCCGACCGACUUCCUCGUACGCCAGUGAGACUCCGCAGAAGAUUAUCAAUACGGAAGGCUCGGCGCCGCCGGCUAAAAUGCGAAAACUUUCUCACGGAAUCCCACAGCCACCGGCCAGGAGCACGUCAUCAUCGUUGCCCUUGCUGAACACUACAAAUAUGCAGCAACCUUUUGCAUCGACUCUUCCUUUUCCCAACGAGAGCGCCGAUUUAUUAUAUGAAUAUUUUCCAUUGGGCUUGGAUGACUGGCAAGCUCCCGUGGAUGCAGUAUAUCGACCACAUGUGGUACAUCAUACCAAUAUGCCUGAGAUGAAGUUCGUUGCUACACGAGGUAGAAGUAAGCGAUACUUCGCUGCAGAAGACGUUUUCUAG